AUGGGGCUGAGAGCGGCCAGCCUCUUCCUCCUCUGGCUGGCUCUCUCCUCUGCUAAUGAAAUAAAAAAAGGAAGGACAAGAAGCCAUGGCCACUAUGUCUGCAGCACUUGGGGAAACAACCAUUUCAAGACUUUUGAUGGAGAUGUCUACCAAUUCCCUGGCACUUGCGAGUAUAAUUUUGUUUCUGACUGCCGGGAGGCUUACAAGGAAUUCUCUGUCCACAUCCAGCGUGCUCUCGACAGCAAUGGCCAUCCUGAGAUCCAGUAUAUUCUGAUGAAAGUCAAGGAUAUAAUGGUCUACCUCAAACCCAACCUGGUUGUGGUGGAUGGGCGGAUUGUGAAGACACCUUACUACACCUCUGGUGUCCUCAUUGAGAGCAAUGAAAUUUACACCAAGAUUUAUGCCAAAUUAGGCAUGGUUCUGAUGUGGAACCAGCAGGAUGCCCUGAUGGUGGAGCUGGACAGCAAAUUUAAUAACCAUACCUGUGGUCUCUGUGGGGAUUACAAUGGCAUUCAAAUCUACAAUGAGUUCAUCAAGGGAGAUGCAAGCUACAACUCAAUUACAUAUGGGAAUAUGCAGAAGAUCAGCAAACCCAAUUCCAAAUGUGAAGAUCCAGAUGAAACUCAGGCUCUUCCAAGCUGUAAUGAGCAUCGUGACGAGUGUCAGAGGUUGCUGACUUCCGCUGCGUUUGCUGAUUGUCGGCUGCGUCUUAAUUUGGAAAUGUACAUCCAAGCCUGCAUGCAGGACAAGUGUGCCUGCAAUGGGAAGGACGACUCCUUCUGCCUCUGCAGCACCAUCUCCGAGUAUUCCCGCCAGUGCUCCCAUGCAGGCGGCCGCCCGAGAGAAUGGAGGACACAGAGCUUCUGCCCCAAGACCUGUCCUGCUACCAUGGUCUAUAGAGAAAGCAGCUCACCCUGUAUGGAUACCUGCUCACACUUGCAGAUCAGCAGCCUUUGUGAGGAGCACUACAUGGAUGGCUGUUUCUGCCCUGAAGGAACUGUGUAUGAUGAUAUCAGUGAAAACGGCUGCAUCCCUGUUAGCCAGUGCCACUGCAAACUUGGUGGAAAGGCAUAUGCACCUGGAGAAAGCAUUUCCAAAGAAUGUGAAGAAUGCACCUGUAAUUCAGGCAGAUGGACCUGCAAAGAUCUACCCUGUCCAGGCACAUGCUCAGUGGAAGGAGGUUCCCAUUUUACCACCUUUGAUGGGAAGAAAUACACCUUCCAUGGAGACUGCUACUAUGUGUUGGCCAAGGGUACUGCAAAUGAGAGUUAUGCUCUCCUGGCAGAGCUGGCUCCCUGUGGCUCCACAGACAAACAGACCUGCUUGAAGACUGUUGUGCUGUUAGUGGAUAACAAAAAGAAUGUGGUGGUUUUCAGAUCAGAUGGCAGCGUGCUCCUGAAUGAGAUGACAGUGAAUGUGCCUCAUGUGUCAACCAGCUUCUCAGUAUUCAAGCCAUCUUCCAACUACUUUGUUGUACAAACUCCUUUUGGGCUUCAGAUGCAGAUCCAGCUGUUUAGAGUCAUGCAGCUGUUUGUGACUGUGGAUGAAUCACUUAAAGGAAAACUUCAAGGUCUUUGUGGAAACUUCAAUGGAAUGGAAGGUGAUGACUUCAGAACAACCAGCGGGCUGAUUGAGGCUACAGGAUCUGCCUUUGCUAACACGUGGAAAGCUCAGUCCACCUGCACAGACCAGGUAGAAAAGCUGGAAGACCCCUGCAGUCUCAGCAUUGAAAGUGCAAAUUAUGCUGAGCAUUGGUGCUCUUUGCUGAGAAACCCAAAGGGUCCUUUUGCAAGAUGUCACAUGGCCAUUGAUCCUUCAGAAUACUAUAAGAAAUGUAAAUAUGACACCUGCCUCUGUGAAGACAAUGAAGAAUGUUUGUGUGCUGCCCUUUCCUCUUACUCAAGAGCCUGUGCUUUCAAAGGGAUCAUACUGGGAGACUGGAGAAGCAGUGUCUGCAGUAACGAAGCAUCUUCUUGCCCAGGAAAUCAAGUCUUCCUUUACAACCUUACAAUGUGCCAGCAAACCUGUCGCUCCCUUGCUGAUGGUGAAAAGUAUUGCUUGCAAGACUUUGCUCCUGUGGAUGGCUGUGGCUGCCCAUCCAAUACAUACUUGGAUAACCAGGAUAACUGUGUUGCCAUCUCCCAGUGCCCAUGUUAUUACAAGGGAUCAUACCUGGAACCUGGGCAGUAUUUCACAAAAGAUGGAGAACGCUGUGUUUGCCGAAAUGCAAAGAUCCAGUGCACUUCAGUGAAAAUAAGAAUGAAAAGUGAAAACGAAUGUUCUUCUAGCAAGACAUACUUUGACUGCAAUGCAUUCUCAAAGUGGACUUCACAAACACCUCUGCAACUUAGCUGUCAUACUCCUCAAACAGAUCAUUUCCAGACAGAGUGUGUCUCAGGCUGUGUGUGCCCUGAAGGUCUAUUUGAUGAUGGCAGAGGGGGCUGUGUUGAGCAAAAAGAUUGCCCGUGCAUUCACAACAAUGAGUGGUAUUCUUCUGGAGACAAGAUAAAAGUGGACUGCAACACCUGCACCUGCCAGAAAGGGGUUUGGAAAUGCACUGAUGAUGUGUGCUAUGGGACUUGUAUGAUAUAUGGAAGUGGCCAUUAUAACACUUUCGAUGGGAAGUUCUAUGACUUUGAUGGGAGCUGUGAAUAUGUGGCUACUCAGGACUUCUGCGGUGACAAAAAUUCCAGCGGCUCAUUCAGUAUCAUCACAGAGAAUGUCCCUUGUGGAACUACAGGAGUCACCUGCUCAAAGGCUAUCAAAAUGUUCCUAGGGAAAACCGAACUGAAAUUGGAGAACAAAGAGUACAAAGAAAUUCAGCGAGAUGUUGGUGAUGAUGUGCAGUAUUGGAACAGGACAGUUGGCCUGUACCUGGUUAUUGAGGCUAGCAAUGGUGUGAUGCUGAUCUGGGACAAGAAGACUACUGUUUUCAUCAAGCUGAGCCCUGAUUACAAGGGCAAAGUGUGUGGUCUGUGUGGCAACUUUGAUGACAAGGCAAACAAUGACUUUACAACAAGGAGUGGACUGCAGGACAAUAAUCCUCUGAAUUUUGGAAAUUCCUGGAAACAAUCUCCCAUGUGCCCAGAUGUCACAGAAGAGAUUAAGCCCUGUGAUCUGAAACCACACCGGAAGUCUUGGGCAGAGAAAGAAUGCAGCAUCAUCCAGAGUGAAGUCUUCAAAAUUUGUCACUCCAAGGUGGACCCACUUCCUUACUAUGAGGCUUGUGUUCAUGAUGCCUGCUCCUGUGACAGCGGUGGGGACUGCGAGUGCUUCUGCUCUGCAGUUGCAGCGUAUGCCCAGGAGUGCAUCAAGGCUGAGGCCUGUGUUUUCUGGAGAACUCCUGAUAUCUGCCCGAUAUUCUGUGACUACUACAACCCUCGCAAUGAGUGUGACUGGCACUACGAGCCUUGUGGCAGUAAUAUCACAACCUGCAGGAUGAUCAAUAAUGUCAGCACCAACUUUACAGUACCACUACUGGAAGGUUGCUACCCCAGAUGCCCUAAGGACAAGCCUAUUUAUAAUGAAGAGACAAAGCAAUGUGUGACUGAAGAUCAAUGUGGAUGUUACCUCGAGGAUGGAACCCAUGUACUCCCUGGGCAAGAAGUUACAAAAGAAAACUGUACAAUAUGUGUCUGUGUCCCAUCAGGAUCCAUAGAGUGUAAACCAGUCCCAGGGUGUCCUUGUGUCAUCAAUGGAACGAGUUAUGAAGAGGGUGCUACUGUGGGACACGUACAGGAUGGUGACAUAUGUAUAACAUACAUUUGUGCAGCAAAUGGCUCUGUAGUUCCUGGUGAAGUCUAUCCUUGUCCAACAUCUUCACCUACAACCAUCUCAACCUCCUCCCCUCACAGUACUCUUACCACCACCACCGCAGUUUCCACUGCAAGCCGCCCAGUCACUACAACUCCAUGCGUAGUCACAGAACUAAUCUGUGAUUGGACUGAGUGGUUUGAUGUUAGUAAACCUGAAGAAGGUGGUGGUGACUAUGAAACAUACGAUGAAAUAAGAAAACAUGGAAACAAAAUAUGUACAGCUCCUGAAAAAAUUGAAUGCAGGGCUAAGGAUAAACCUGAUGUGAGCUUAGAAGAACUUGGUCAGAAAGUAGAGUGUAAUGUUAAAUAUGGGCUAAUCUGUAAAAAUGAUGAGCAAGAUGUAACUAUGUGGCCACUCUGCUAUAAUUAUGAAAUCAGGGUAAACUGUUGUGAGUGGCAGGAAGUUCCUUGUGGGCCUACAGUUACACCUACUAUACCUUCAACUGCAACCACCACCAAGACAACAAUAGGCAGCACCACUACAACCAGGACUACAACAGAAAUUACCACCACGCCCAUAUACAUCCAUUCCACAACACCCCCAUCUCCACCCACACCAAGCACACCAAAAUCGACAACCACUCCCUCCACGCUGGAGACUCCCACCACUACCAGCACCCCGACAACAACGACCAUUGGAUCACCAACACCCACCUCAACUACUUCAAGCACAUCCUCACCAACACCAACAUACACCACCACCACACCAACUCCAGCGUGUGAGUGCAUCUGGACGGACUGGAUCGAUGUGAGCUAUCCAGAUGGUUCUGACAGGAAUGGUGGUGACUACGAAACCUUUGAGAACAUUUUGAACAAAUACCCCUCCUGGGAGUGUGCGAAAGUUGAGAAUAUUUCAUGCCGAGCAGAGAAAUUCCCUAGCUAUUCCAUUGCAGAUUUAGGGCAGAAAGUGGAAUGUAACGUUAACGUAGGGCUCAUCUGCAACAAUAAAGAUCAGCAGAUAGGAGGUAUAAUACCAAUGCCAGUCUGCCUCAACUACGAGAUCAGUGUCUGCUGCACCCCCAACAAACCAGAGUGUCUUCCAACUCCAAGCACCACGAGCACCACAACUUCGACAUCUUCCCCUACAACAAGCAGUGUGUCCCCUCCAAUAUCAACCACCGCUCCAACGUCAACAGCAGUGGAGACUCCCAGCCCUACCACCACCACCACGACCACCAACACCACGGUGCCCCCCAGCAGCACCACCACUAGUGGCAGCACCUCACAGACAACCACAGCUCCUCCUGUCUCAACAACACCCAUUUCAACUACUUCAAGCACAUCCACGCCCACACCAACAUACACCACCACUACAUCAACUUCAGGUACUUCUCUGAUCUGUGCACUCAUCACACCAAAAUCGACAACCACUUCCACGUCACCGGAGACUCCCACCACCACUGCCAGCACCACGAUGCCCCCCAGCAGCACCACCAGCAUCGGCACCCCGAGCACAACAACCAUUACUAGACCUCCCACACCCACCUCAACUGCUCCAAGCACAUCCACGCCCACACCAACAUACACCACCACCACACCAACUCCAGCCCCAACUCCAUCCACACCGAGCACACCAAAACCGACAACCACUUCCACAUCAACGGAGACUCCCACCACCACUACCAGCCCUCUGAGCACCACCACCACUGUUUCUGGAUCAACAACAACCAUCUCAACUCCUCAGACCCCACCCACGAAGACACCAAGCCCAACUACUCCACCGAGCCCAACUACUCCCACUCCAACAGCAUCUGAAACUCCCAUCAUCACUUCCAGCACCACGAUGCCCCCCAGCAGCACCACCAGCAUCGGCACCCCCAAGACAACAACAACAACUGUUACUGGCUCAUCAACAACAUUCUCAACUACUUCAAGCACAUCCACAGCCAUAUGGGAAUAUUCAACCACCCUAUCAACUCCAGGUACUUCUGCCUUGCCUGAUCUUGUAUCCCCUUGCUUUGGGAGUAAUGAAGAUCUGUUAGCACCUCCAUUUGUGCCUCAGUAUGGAACUGGGGAUGGCU